UGAUGAAAGACAAAGGUUACAAAGCCCAUGUGAUGUUCUUUUGGACUUUGGAUCUGAAGUUGCCUUCAAAGACAUAGUAAAGCUUCAGCUAAUUCUUACCAAUCACACUGGAAUCAGUGCUCCAUUCAAACUAGAAGCUGAGUAUUUUACUGGCUAUUCACUUACUCCAGAACAAGGAAUCUGCCCCUCCUCAAGCUACCUGGUGAAAAGAAGAGGGCCCGUCACAAAACAUGCAGCCAGAAGAGCACAGUCAGAAUUUGCAGCAGCAGUGCUAUCUCAUGGGAAGGGAGUAGCUUUCCAUGUACAACCUUCCACAGGAACUCUGAAAGCCUUCCAGCAGCUAAUCGUAGAAAUAACAGCUUACAACAACAUGUGGGGAGAGUACUGGGAUGAUCUUGUCUGUAAGGUGGGAGACUUACAACCUAAAUUAAUUCCUAUGCAAAUGACUGUGAAAGGCUGUCCAAUGUUCCUACAGAUGACAGGACCACAAACAGAGCGACCCGUAAUCAGGUUUGGCACUCAUGUCUCUGGAGGGUCUCCUGUCUUUCGGAGGGUCCAGCUCAACAAUCCCACUCCCUUUGACAUUCGCCUGGACUGGGAAAUUUACAACCAGGAGCAAGAGGAUAAAAAGCUGGUGGACCUGUUGAUGUUGUUUGGAGACCCUUUUCCUCCUAAGGACAUGGAUGAAACUGAGACUGCAUCAGUUGGUAGCACCUCAGAGUCAGAGACUGUGUUAGAGUUGGAUCAAACUGCCAUUCCCUGUGGAAGCAUUUAUCCAGCUUCUCAAACCACAGAUGAGUCUUCAGACUCUGACAGCAAAGAGAAGGAAAUCAUCACUGAAGAACCUACAAUACAGAAAAUCGUCUCUGUACUUAUACGACCUCAUGAAGGGAUUCCUGCAGACAAUCCCUACUCCAUUACUCCAAGACAGAUAGUGGUUCCAGGAGGUGGCAGCAUCUCCGUUUGCAUCUCCUUCACCCCACGGGUCCUGCCAGAGGCCGUGCCUGAAGCGCAAUGCAAGGGGUUUGUGCUGGGUUUCAUGAACCUAGACGACAAGCUUGCGAAGACAGUGCCUAACAAAGUGCGUCGCAGACAUGGCUAUGAAGCUCCACCGUUCCGAAUAGACUUGCAAGCUUUCAUAAGGCAUGCUCUGUUAAAAGUAGACAUCGAUCAUGACAGAGGAAUGGUGUUUUAUUCAAUGGCAAGUGAUCUCGUACCAGAUCAGUCUCUGCUAGGAGUUUUGACAGGUUCAGUAAUGACUCAGAGUUUGAAGCUCAUCAAUUGCACUAAGGUUCCUCUGUACUUCAGGCUCCUUCUGUCUACGCCCUUCAGCCUGUCCAGCACGGAUCCCAAAAAGAGCACCAAAACAUUCCACAGCAAGAAGGAGGAAAACGAACAGCAACCACAACUUGUACUUUAUCCACAGCAAAACAUGUUGGUGAAAGUGUCAUUCCACACAACUCCGGAGUUACUUACGUAUCAACACUUGCCAGAUACCCAGCUGCUUCCUGGAUUCCAAGUGCUCCAGUUUGCAAAUGGAGAGAGAAAGCUGAAGUUUAAUCAAAAUCUGGUCAUCGAACACAGUAACCGCACUAUCCAGCUGGUCCCAGUGACAGCAUACCUCACUGUCCCAGUUCUGGAGCUGUCUUGCGACACGGUUGAUUUCAAGACCUGCUUUGUUGCACAGACCAAGACUGAACACGUCUUCCUGUGUAACAGGAGUGGCUGUAGAAGUUACUGGACUGUUCUGCUGGAUGAACAGGAACAGCAGAACGACCUUGAAGUGUUUGCUGUCUCCCCUACUAAAGGCAUUUUGGAGGCACGUGAAGGGGACCCACCUACCAAGGAAGUUUUGCAGAUCAGCUUUACUGCAAGGAGUGACACUGAAUAUGAAACUAUCGUGACCAUUACAGGAAUGCUGGGAGAGAAGCCUUGCAAGCUACAGCUCAGGGGACGAGGAACAUACAAUGGGAAGUAUGAAGACCUGUAUUUAAUUUAA